AGCUCCCAAUAGAAGAUACCGGAGUAUGGAGCGAUUGGCCGAGUCUGUGCACCUCGAAGAGUUGACAAUCUCCUCUACGCCCGAACGAGGUUCUCUAGAAGGUCUCUUCGGCGCACUUUCACUCAAGGCUUCAACAAAAUUAAAGAAUUUGGUUUUAGAGCACACUUCCAUAGGCCAUGAAGAGGCGCGCCACCUCGUGCAACUUGAUUCAAUCACAAGCCUAAAGUGUGGCUUCAAAGACGAAGAAAGCUUCUCCCUCUUGGCUAACAUGACCAAUCUUGAGAGCAUAGAUAUCACUUCGCGACAUGCAUUUGCAAAUAUUUCCGGACAUCUCCUUGACAUCUUCCGAGCAUGUCGAAAACUAAAGUAUAUUAAUUUGGGCAGAUCAAACGUCCGCAUAGACCAAACCUUUCUGAAAAAUUCCGUGAAUAUAUUGAAAUCAGUGAGAGAUCCCUCAGCUCAAGGACCAUUGAUAGUACGGAUUUCUCUGUCAUCUGUUUCAUUUGAAGACGAGAUGACUGCCAACGAUAAAACGUAUUUGCUUGUCACCAAUCGCCAAUCGUUUCUAGGACCACACAACUUUUAAGCUUUUUAACUAACUAACAUUAAUGCUAUGGAUUUAUAUGUACUUACUCUUCCAGCUGCACAACAUUUUCCAAUCGGAAUCCCCUCACCCAAUUGUUCCCAUUUAAAUGUUAUCGAAAGAUUUACAGCACA